ACUCUCUCUCUCUCUCUCCCCAAUUAUUUUAUCAUUUCAACAAAAGGAUCAGCUCCAUAGACAAAAUCAAGUCUCAUUUUCAGUUUCUGCUCAAAGAGCAUACCAGUCUCUUGAAAUGAACUUCUCUGGAUUCUUCAAGUCUGAGUUUUAAUGAUAUAGACACACUGGUUCAACAUUUCUUCAGUAGUCUAGAGAUUUUUGUAAGGCUUGUGGGUUCAUUUAUGGAUUUCGGGGGGGUGGGUUUAGAUGGGUUGGUGGGUUCAGACACUACCAGUACUGGUUUUGCUUCUCUUGCUUCAGAUCCUGAGACAAAGCACAGAUGGUACGGAUCUGGGCUAAACAAGCAAGAAAGAUCUGGUGCUGAAGAUGAUUGGAGGAGCUCAAAACUGGCCAAAACUGAUCACGAUUUCUCAUCUUCAAAGCCACAACAGCAGCAGAUGCUGAGUUUCUCUUCCCCUAAAACUGAAGCUUUCUCUGCUUGGAGGACGUCACAAAAUGCAACUACAUUGCCUUACUCUCAACUCACAUCUUCUUCCGCUUAUAAUAGAAAUACAGGUUACAGCACUUUGGGAUUCAAUGGUGCAAAUAUGCAUGGGGUUCUAUCUGGGGCUAGGGGACCAUUUACCCCAUCUCAAUGGAUGGAACUGGAACACCAGGCCCUGAUCUACAAAUACAUUACUGCAAAUGUGCCUGUACCAUCUAAUCUGCUUGUACCCAUAAGAAAAGCCCUUGAAUCUGCUGGGUUCUCAAGCUUUUCAGGUGGACUUCUCAGACCCAAUGCAUUGGGAUGGGGAACUUUCCAUCUGGGAUUCUCGAACAACACUGAUCCUGAGCCAGGGCGGUGUCGGAGGACAGAUGGGAAGAAAUGGCGGUGCUCUAGAGAUGCAGUUGCCGACCAGAAAUAUUGUGAGCGGCACAUGAACAGGGGCCGCCAUCGUUCAAGAAAGCCUGUGGAAGGCCAGACUGGCCAUUCCGUUGCUGCAACCACUAACAUUACGAAGCUCACACCCACCACUGCCUCCUCUUCGGUUGUGGUGGGGUCUAAUGGCAGUGGCACAACUAACGGCCUAGCAGUUGCGAACCAGCUGCAGCUCAAGAACUUGCAGUCUGGUGCACCUAGUCUCUCUGCAGCCACUCCUUUUAACAGGACGUAUCUGAACAAAGAAAAGGUGGGUGACAGAUUGCAAGAUACCUCAGGCCUCUCCAUGCUAUCUGCUCCUAUUGAUCUGAAGUCUAAAGAUAAUCCAUUUUUGAUUUCGAGACAACAAAACCCAUAUGGAGGAUUGCAAACUGAAUUUGGACUAGUUACCUCCAACUCCCUCCUGAACCCUUCAAAUAAAGGAUCUUCCUUAAUGAGCUGCACAAGUUUUGGUUCUUCUCAAGCAUUGGCUGACCAAGACACCGUCUCGCAACAUUCCCUUCACCAAUUCAUGGAUGACUGGCCUAAAAACCAGUCUGAUCGUUCUUCCAUUACUUGGCCUGCACUUGACGUGCAAUCAGAUAGAACCCAACUCUCAAUUUCAAUCCCCAUGGCAGAUUUCAUGUCUUCGACUUCCUCUCCUAAUAACGAGAAAGUUACUCUCUCCCCACUCAGAUUAUCACGGGAGUUCGACCCAAUACAGAUGGGAUUAGGAGUUGGUAGUGUACUUCAUGAACAGAACAGUAGGCAAGCAAAUUGGAUUCCCAUAUCAUGGGAAUCUUCCGUGGGAGGGCCACUUGGAGAGGUUUUGCACAAUACGAGUAACAGUGCUGCUGACAGCAAGAAUUCAUCACCACUCAACCUCAUGACCGAGGGCUGGGACAGUAGUCCUCGGAUGGGAUCAUCUCCUACUGGGGUGUUGCAAAGGACAACAUUCAAUUCACUUUCUAAUAGCAGUGCCGGGAGCAGUCCAAGACCCGAUAACAACAAGAAGACCGAACGGGCUAGCAUGUCUAAUGACCUUACUGGCUCGACCGUCGUCCACUCAUUGCCAGCCUUGUAACACUUCUGACCUACCAAGAAGUAAUUGCAGAAGAAAAGGCCCGUCUUUUCCUUUUUAAUCUGUUUUCUAAACAUGAAACAAUUAGCUUUGGAGUUUGUUUUCCAGUUUGUUAUUUCUUAUCUUGAUUUUGUAAUAUGUAUCUCCUGUCCAUGACUUGCUUACUAUGGAGUUCAGUCCUUGACUAGGCAAAGUUUAUUGUAGCUUAUAAUUAUGGAAGUGUAGGUAUGCACUGUAAGUUAUGAUUUUCAUCAGUAUAUGGAAAUGUUUGGCGAGAUUUUUCUGUUGAUUCAA